AUGGAAGAACAGCAGCCGGAACCUAAAAGUCAGCGCGACUCAGGCCUCGGCGCGGCUGCGGCGGCGGCUUCGGGCGGCCUUAGCCUGAGCCUCAGCCCCGGCGCUAGCGGCAGCAGCUGCAGCGAUGGAGACAGCGUGCCCGUGUCCCCUCAGCCCGCGCCCCCCUCGCCUCCCGCGGCGCCCUGCCUGCCGUCCUUGGCCCACCACUCUCAUCUCCCCCCGCAUCCCCCGCCGCCGCCGCCGCCGCCGCCGCAGCAUCUCGCGGCGCCUGCUCACCAGCCGCAGCCCGCGGCCCAGCUGCACCGCACCACCAACUUUUUCAUCGACAACAUUCUGAGGCCAGACUUCGGCUGCAAAAAGGAACAGCCGCCGCAGCAGCUCCUGGUGGCGGCGGUGGCCGGAGGAGGCGUAGCAGGAGGAGGCCGGGUCGAGCGUGAUAGAGGCCAGACCGGCGCAGGUAGAGACCCUGUCCACCCGCUGGGCACGCGGGCAUCAGGCGCCGCCUCGCUCCUGUGCGCCCCAGACGCUAACUGUGGGCCGCCCGACGGCUCCCCCCCCUCAGUCGCCACUGGCGCGGGCGCGUCCAAAGCUGGGAACCCGUCUGCGGCGGCAGCGGCGGCGGCGGCCGCGGUAGCGGCUGUGGCGGCUGCAGCAGCAGCCAAACCCUCGGACAGCGGCGGCGGUAGUGGAGGUGGCGCAGGAAGCCCGGGCGCGCAGAGCGCCAAGUACCCGGAGCACGGAAACCCCGCCAUUCUACUUAUGGGCUCAGCCAACGGCGGGCCGGUGGUCAAAACUGACUCGCAGCAGCCACUCGUGUGGCCCGCCUGGGUCUACUGCACGCGCUAUUCGGAUCGCCCAUCCUCUGGUCCGCGCACCAGGAAGCUGAAGAAGAAGAAGAACGAGAAGGAGGACAAACGGCCACGGACGGCGUUCACGGCCGAGCAGCUGCAGAGACUCAAGGCGGAGUUUCAGGCGAAUCGCUACAUUACGGAACAGCGGCGGCAGACCCUGGCCCAGGAGCUCAGCCUCAACGAGUCUCAGAUCAAGAUCUGGUUCCAGAACAAGCGCGCCAAGAUCAAGAAAGCCACGGGCAUCAAGAACGGCCUGGCGCUGCACCUCAUGGCGCAGGGACUAUACAACCACUCCACCACCACCGUCCAGGACAAAGACGAGAGCGAGUAG